AUGAAGACAAUGUUGAAGGGACUAAACGAAGUAGCGAAGCGGAUAGGACUGAGAGUCACCCGGAACAAGACUCAGUUCAUGGAAGAGCGCUUUUUGCAAGGAUCAGGAAAUGGAAUUAGAGGGAUCGCUAAUCGCGGAGACGUCUUCGUACGUAUAUCUUGGGUGUUCGAUGAAAAUGGAGAACGAUUCGAAAGAAGAACUAAACAGGAGGCAAAGAGCAGCUUGGGCCACUUUGGACCCCAAAGAAAGCCACAGACCAGCUGA